AUGCCAGCCGCACCCAGCUCUUUGCCCUCCGCUUCCGCCCCAUUCCUGGCUGUACACCCAUCUGGCUCCCUGCUCGGCCCCUUCUCUCCAAAGCGCUGGCUGGCAUCCUCGUCCUCUCAUCUUAACUCGCUCAUCUCUCCGUCUUACCUUCACCACCAGCACUACUACCACCACCACACCAGCUGCUCUCGCGUCUACCAACUGGCAUCGCCUGCGUCGCUCACACCUGACAGUCUCAUCCACACCACCACCUUGGAGCUCACCUCGGAGCUACCUGCUGCGUCUGCCAACCGCCAUAGCCCACCGGCUCGCUCAAGCGCACUCCGACAUCGACCAUCCCGUGUCUCUUUCAAAAUGCUUGCUUCUUCCUUGAAUCUGCAGCCCAAGUCGGCCCUCGAGCACGUGGCGGGUCCCACUGCUCAGGACGCCUGGAAUCCCGCCGACGACAUGGAGUGCGACGACGACGACAUUCGUGCCGCUGCCAACCUCAAGCGCAGCGCCCUCGCUCACAACGUCAUGACCAACAUUGCCUCCUCCCAGUCCACCCACUCAAUCGCCUCCUCAAGCAGCUCCGCCGACCUCGACCUCGAGCCCGAGCUCAGCCAGUCGCUCGGCUCCGUCUCGAGCUUCGACCUGCGCACUCCGCUCAAGCCUAGCCUCGCAGCCAACCACCUCUACGACCCCAGCGAGUCCUUCAGCGUGCUCGGCCUGCACAAGCACGUCCUGCAAGCUCCCCGCCCCAGCAAGAACCUCCUCGCCGAAGCACUCGCAGCCAGAAAGGUUCGCCCAGCCAAAGACACGGCCAUGGACGAGUCCGCCCCUGCCCCGACCCCCGAGACCAUCGCACCGUCACAGAGCAUCUCGCCCAAGAGCCAAAGCCAGCUUGGCAACCGACCGCUUCCCGGCAACCCCUCUCUGUCCCCACUCAACCGCCCAAAUAGGCCCAAGCUCUCGCUUCCCGUCUUGGCGCCAUCAGCCUUCUCCCGACCCAACUUCCCGCAGACCCCCGGCGGCACUCUCUUCUAUGGCGCGCGAGAUGGCGCGGCCACAGGCGCUCCCGUUAGCCCGUUCCUGCCUCCCACACCUCUCGUUGCCUCGAUGAUGGAGGCCGAGCAGAACAAGCGUCUUGGCGACGGUGACGACGACGCCACCGCGUCCAGAGGCUCGCUCUCGCCCGAGCUCGCGCGCGCCUCUUUGCUCUUCCCCGCCACCACAACCCCACGCCAGCAGAAGCCAGUGCGCGCACCUCUGCAGCGCCACGGCUCCCUCGGCAUGUCGCCCCUCAGUCGCGAGUUUGCGAGUGUGAGCAUGCGAGGCAAGUCCAAGAGCAACGAGCACCCGUCUUCCACUGGAUCGCCCAUCCCGCGUCGAGCGCAGGAGCUCUCGCCUGGCAACAACCCCGGCUCGCCAUCGACGCUGCUCACGCCGCCUUAUUCGCCCCUCACGCUCACCAAGAGCCUGCCCGAGGAGGCAUCGGUCCUUGCCCAGCGCAGAUCGAGCAGCUCGAGCAGCGUCUCGUCCUCGAGUAGCAAGAAGCUGCGCGCCAAGGAGAGCCUGCUUGGCGGAGGCACCGACCUUUCGCGAUCCUUCAGCGCCAACCGCCUCAAGACCAACACGCGCACCAAGGCCGUGCCCAAGCCAUUCAACCUCGACAAGGCCUUCACCACAGGCUCCCAGGGGCUCGACGUCGCUGGCUCGACGCCGCAGCCGCUCUCGGCGCCUGCCAUGAAGAUCAGCUUCGCCGACGACGAGAUCGAGGUCGACAUCGACCAGCGCACCAGCCCCGAGCCCAUCGAGUCGGAGCUGAUCGAGGUGCGCAAGACGCAGUCAGAUGUCGGCCCUUCGGCGUCGACAGCAGUUCCAGACGCGUCGCUGCUGUCGCCGUGCUCGGCGCUCAAGGCACCGGCGAUGGAAAAGUCGUUCAGCGCACCCGUGCCGCCCGCACAGACGGUCUCGGCGCGCCAUCUGGCCGAUUACGAGCUGCAUCCGCGCUUCGCUUCGUCGUACACGCUCGGCGACGAGCUCGGCAGCGGUGGCUUUGGCUUUGUCGUCGCCGCGCGUCGCAACGUCGACGGACUGCCCGUUGCGGUCAAGUUCAUUUUCAAGGACAAGGUGCCUGCGCACGGAUGGGUGCGUGACCCCAAGCUUGGCGUCAUCCCGAUGGAGGCGUUCGUGCUCAAGGUCGUCGACCACCCUGGCGUGGUCAAGUUCAUCGACCUUUUCAACGACCGCAACUUCUUCUACCUCGUCAUGGAGCUGCACGGUACGCCGUGGCAGCCUCCUGCAGCCGAGCCCGUGGUGCCGGAGCCUAGGAAGGAGCUGCGGCCCGCGGCCAUGCAGCGACGCACGAGCUGCGACCUGUUCGAGUGCAUCGAGCAGCACUCGCGGCUGACCGAGGAGCAGGCGCGGUGGGUGUUUGCCCAGGUAGUUGAGACGGUCUGGCACCUCGACCGCAUCGGCAUCUGCCACCGAGACAUCAAGGACGAGAACUGCGUCGUGGACGCCGAGUUCAACGUCAAGCUGAUCGACUUUGGCUCCGCUGUCAUUACGGACGUGCGGAAGCCGCAGCCGUACUUCAACCGCUUCUUUGGCACCAUGACGUUUGCCAGCCCCGAGAUUUUGCAGGGCAAGCCGUACCGCGCACCGCAUGCCGAGAUCUGGUCGCUGGGCGUGCUGCUGUCGAUCCUGCUGAGUGGGCAGUGCCCCUUCCCGGACCCGGCGGCGGCGAUCAAGGGCCGCAUCAGCAAGCCCAAGGGCGCGUGGUCCGCCGAUGCGCUCAACCUGCUCCUGCUGUGUCUCGAGGUGGACCCGGACAGGCGCGCGACCAUCGCCCAGAUCAGGGAUCACCCCUGGGUCCACCGCGCCUGGAAGGAACGUGCCGUCAAGCUCAACGGCGCCCACCCUCAAGCUCCUGCAGCCUCCGCCUCGCUCUAG